CUCCACCGCCCAUCUCUUCCUCCUCCAGUCCCGAAGGAAGGUCUCAGGUCUGGCUGGCCUACCACCAAGAACACACGCUGCGGCCUGCGGCUGCGGUCACGCUACUCAAGUGUGAACAAAAAGGUCCAUGCUUCUCCUCCCUUUCGCUCGCUUCCUUUUCUCUGCCCAUCCACGUGAAAAGCAGCAGCAGUGGUCCCUAAGUAGAUCUUGGAUUCGUCUCAUCAAUCACACUCCACCAGGAGUAACCCGCACACGUAGCGUAGCAGCAGGAGUAGGUAGGUGGGCAGCAGGCUCCUUGUGGUGUGCCCUGCAUGUUUCGCAGCUUGCUUCUUCGAGCAUUGACCCCUUCCGCCCCGUCCGUCAUCUUCCCCACCUCUCUCUCCGCACCGCAGGAGCUUGGCGGCGGCCGUGACCGGCGCUGGAGAGUGGAGAUCUUGGACGCGUGCGACAUCCUGGUCUCCGCUCUGUGCCUCUGGUCUUCGAAGGCGCCGCCACCCUAUUUUUUUUUUUAAAAAAAAUCCUAAGGUGAGAUCGAGCUGCUCUUUGCUUUGCUUUGCUUUGCUUUGCUGCUUGCGCGGAAUCUGGCCUGCUUGCUUUCACAGUUCCACUUCGUUGCGUGUUUCGGUUUAUUGAUUGAUAGAUUUCAAUCGAAGCUUGCAGAUUAGGUUUCUUUUCUAGCUAGAUCCUGCAGCAUCUACGAGGCCAGGCCACGGUCGACUGGUUCUCCUUCGAUCUAGUCUUCCUUCCUUUCCUUCCUUUCUUUCUGAAUGCGCAUGGUAGUACCACCAUAACACAGCUAUCCUUUUGGUGAGACAUCCAGUUUUCUCUGUCUUUGCCAAAGACAAAAAAACCCCCCGCUAUUGGUAAUACAGGCAGAGGUCGUCUUGAGAAGACGGAUAGCUAUGACUGAUUAUAUAUUUUUUUUGCUGCACAUGUUUAUUACCGAGUCCAUUGCUCUGACGAACUGAUCUCCUGUACCAUUGUUACAUGUACCUUUGUUUGAAUUGGAAAUCAUUCAUACCAUAUUACUAUCAAUCCAACUAACAGGACUAACUACCUUCCCAAGGAUCGUACACUAACUUCUUCAUCCGAAGUACCUUGAACUAGCAUGCUUGCUGGCAUCACUGUCUGUUACACGCUGAUGCCGCACUAUUUCUAGCCUUGAUUACCCAACGCCGAGUUCACCUCAAAUGCUUCCGUUAUAGGAAAACAUGAUUCUAUAUGCCAUACUCAUUUUUCGCUGUAUUUUAACCAUUUUAACUCUCAUAUUUGUGACUGCUAUAGUCACUGUCUCUCUCUGGUGCUGCUGCGCAUUUCUGAAUUUUUCAGAUAGUUUCUUCAGUCCGACACCGCUUCUAGCUUCCCCUCGGCGAUCUGUGAAGCUAUGAAGCCACCUCUCGAGAGGAACCCGACUAAGAAGCGCCACUCGUGGUGGUGGGACAGUCACAUUAGCCCUAAGAACUCGAAAUGGCUCGCCGAAAAUCUCGAAGAAAUGGACAAGCAAGUGAAGGAAAUGCUCCAGCUGAUCGAGGAGGACGGCGACUCCUUCGCUAAGAAAGCGCAAAUGUAUUACCAGAGGCGUCCGAUGCUCGUCACCCACGUCGAGAACUUCUACCGUAUGUAUCGUGCUCUAGCCGAGCGCUAUGACAAUGUAACCGGCGAGCUGCGCAAGAACAUCCCUACAAGGCUGCAGACAACCGGAUUUUUAACCAGUUCAGAGUACGGUUCUGAGCUGCAGAGGUCGCCCUCACCGUCUCCUGAGCCGUUACAGAGGUCGUGGACAAGGGAGCAGAGCCCUAGGGCCGCUGGCUUCGACUUCUUCCUGAGCAAUAGGAGCAAUGACUCGCCACCUGUCUACAGGAAGGAACCCGAGGACGCGGCAUCGCAGUCGGAGUCUGACGCGAAGUCUGCAGACGGUGAGGAUGAUGGCAUCGCCUACACGCUGCACCAGAGAGUUCUUGAGCUAGAGGACGAGCUCAAUGCGACAAACCAGAAACUACAAGAUGCAAACGAGAAGCUUGAGGUUCUGGAGGAAAAGAGCUUGAGGUGCCAUUGCGAUUAUAAAGAGAAUGGAAACGGUGCUCAGCGAACUACAGAAGUUUCAGGCAAAGAGGGGGAGCUGGAAGCCGAAAUCGUCAAUCUCCAGGAGCAAGCGGACUCGGCAAGAAGGCGAUUCGAAGAGGCAUUGUCUGAACGAGAUGGAGAAAUCAGCAAGCUAAAGCAAGAGCUUGCUGGUGCUUCUGAGAAGCUGCAGCGAGAGAAGUACGCCAAUGGCGUGCAGGUAUCUGAGCUGCAGCGAUCGGUUGAACACAUCAGGUCCGAACUAGAGAGAGUUUCUGAAGAGAAACUACUGUCCGAGAACAAGAUUAAGGAGCUGGAGGCAGCAAACGCUGAAGCCGAUAAGUACGGCCACGAGCUCACGCGAGCUGCCGAGAAGAUUUCCGAGGAGAAGUUCGCGCUCGAAGCUGAGAUCCUCACGAUGCGGCAGAACAUUGAAGAUCUGAAAUCCAGGAUCGAGAGCCUCGCUCGAGAGAAGUCCCUGCUCAAAUCAUGGUUUGAGGACUUGGAGCAAGUCGUGGGGCGAGGAAGGGGCAUCUUCGCCGAUUAACCGAGUUUUUCUAUCCAGAACAUCAUCGGUAGCUAGAAUUUAGCAAGCUAGUAACAUUUUGUUUUGUUUUCUGGUACCCAUACCAUCUUGCGAAAUUGAGAUACGUCAGUGUACUUCCUUUUUGUUUGCUGAAUCUUAAACUUAGACGUG